GGAUGAGAACAAGCAGCAUUGCUGCUAAAACACGUUAUUUAACGCUGAGCUUUUGAAUAAUCGGCGUGUAUUUGGUGCAAAACCAACCAACUAGGGAUUAACCGGGGGUGUGUGUUUUUUCUCAGCGUCUUUUUAUUGAUUUACACACGUUCCUUUAGCAUCGGUUGAACACUGAAGAAAUAUAAUCCGGUUUGAGUUGUGCGCGGCAAUCUAACUAGUUAGCGACUACUUCUGUGAAGAGUGGCUGGGACAGAAUGGAGCUUAUAACAAUUCUCGAAAAAACCGUCUCUCCAGAUCGAAAUGAACUGGAGGCGGCACAGAAGUUUCUGGAACAAGCGGCGAUUGAAAAUCUGCCGACGUUCCUGGUGGAGCUCUCCAAGGUUCUGGCCAACCCAGGGAACACCCAGGUGGCCCGCGUGGCUGCAGGCCUGCAGGUGAAGAACUCGCUCACCUCCAAGGACCCAGACGUCAAGUCCCAGUACCAGCAGCGAUGGCUGGCCAUCGACGCCAACGCACGCCGCGAGAUCAAGAACUUUGUGCUGCAGACCCUGGGCACGGAGACAUACCGGCCCAGCUCGGCCUCCCAGUGCGUGGCUGGGAUCGCCUGUGCCGAGAUCCCGGUGAGCCAGUGGCCGGAGCUCAUCCCCCAGCUGGUGGCCAAUGUGACGGACCCCAGCAGCACUGAGCACAUGAAGGAGUCCACCCUGGAGGCAAUAGGGUACAUCUGCCAGGACAUAGACCCAGAGCAGCUUCAGGACAACGCCAACCAGAUCCUGACGGCCAUAAUCCAGGGCAUGAGGAAGGAGGAGCCUAGCAACAACGUCAAGUUGGCCGCCACCAACGCCCUCCUCAACUCCCUGGAGUUCACCAAAGCCAACUUCGACAAGGAGACGGAGAGACACUUUAUAAUGCAGGUCGUCUGUGAAGCCACACAGUGCCCAGACACCAGAGUGCGUGUGGCAGCCUUACAGAACCUGGUCAAGAUCAUGUCCCUGUAUUACCAGUACAUGGAGACUUACAUGGGCCCAGCACUUUUCGCGAUCACAAUAGAAGCCAUGAAAAGUGACAUAGACGAAGUUGCCUUACAAGGGAUUGAGUUCUGGUCCAACGUUUGUGAUGAGGAGAUGGACCUGGCUAUCGAGGCCUCUGAGGCCUCUGAACAGGGCCGACCCCCAGAGCACACUAGUAAAUUCUAUGCCAAAGGAGCCUUGCAGUACCUGGUACCCAUCCUGACCCAGACCCUCACCAAGCAGGAUGAGAAUGAUGACGAUGAUGACUGGAACCCGUGCAAGGCAGCGGGGGUGUGUCUCAUGCUGCUGGCCACCUGCUGUGAGGAUGAUGUGGUUCCCCACGUGCUGCCCUUCAUCAAGGAGCACAUCAAGCACCCUGACUGGAGGUACCGUGACGCCUCCGUCAUGGCCUUCGGCUCCAUCCUGGAGGGCCCGGAACUCAGCCAGCUCAAACCCCUGGUCAUACAGGCGAUGCCCACCCUGAUAGAGCUAAUGAAGGACCCCAGCGUGGUGGUGAGGGACACCACAGCCUGGACAGUGGGCCGCAUCUGUGAGCUGCUGCCAGAGGCGGCCAUCAACGAGGUGUACCUGGCCCCCCUUCUGCAGUGCCUCAUCCAGGGGCUGGGGGCGGAGCCUCGCGUCGCCUCCAACGUCUGCUGGGCCUUCUCCAGUCUAGCCGAGGCAGCGUACGAGGCGACAGACGCGGCCGAGGAGCAGGAGGAGCCGGCCACCUACUGCCUCUCCUCCUCCUUCGAGAUCAUCGUCCAGAAGCUGCUGGAGACCACAGACAGGCCAGACGGUCACCAGAACAACCUGCGCAGCGCUGCUUACGAGGCCCUGAUGGAGAUCGUGAAGAACAGCGCCAAGGACUGCUACCCUGCCGUCCAGAAGACCACCCUGGUCAUCAUGGAGCGCCUACAACAGGUCCUGCAGAUGGAGUCCCACAUCCAGAGCACGUCAGACAGAAUCCAGUUCAACGACCUGCAGUCCCUGCUGUGUGCCACGCUACAGAACGUCCUAAGGAAGGUGCAGCACCACGAUGCUCUGCAGAUCUCCGACGUGGUGAUGGCAUCGCUGCUCAGAAUGUUCCAGAGCACCGCAGGCUCCGGGGGCGUGCAGGAAGAUGCCCUCAUGGCCGUCUCCACUCUGGUGGAAGUUCUGGGAAGUGACUUCCAGAAGUACAUGGAUGCCUUCAAGCCUUUCCUGGCCAUCGGCCUGAAGAACUACGCAGAGUACCAGGUGUGUCUGGCGGCCGUGGGGCUGGUGUGUGACCUGUGUCGAGCCCUCAUGACCAACAUCCUGCCCUUCUGUGACGAGAUCAUGCAGCUACUGCUGGAGAACCUGGGGAAUGAGAAUGUGCACAGGUCCGUUAAGCCUCAGAUCCUGUCAGCGUUCGGGGACAUCGCUCUGGCCAUCGGAGGAGAGUUCAAGAAGUACCUGGAGAUCGUCCUGGACACCCUGCAGCAGGCCUCGCAGGCCCAGGUGGACAAGACGGACUACGACAUGGUGGACUACCUGAACGAGCUGCGUGAGGGCUGUCUGGAGGCCUACACCGGCAUCAUCCAGGGCCUGAAGGGGGACCAGGAGAACGUCCACCCUGACGUGAUGCUGGUCCAGCCCAGGGUGGAGUUCAUCCUCUCCUUCAUCCACCACAUCGCCGAGGAUGAGGACCACACUGAUGCUGUGGUGGCCAACGCAGCGGGACUCAUCGGUGACCUGUGCACAGCGUUUGGAAAGGACGUGAUGAAGAUGGUGGAGGUUCGGCCCCUCAUCAAUGACUUGCUGACUGAGGGCCGCAGGUCCAAGUUCAACAAGACCAAGACCCUGGCCACCUGGGCCACCAAGGAGCUCCGCAAGCUGAAGAGCCAAGCCUGAUUUCACGCUGGUUGGGGAUGAAUAUUCUACAUGGAUGAACAAUGAGAGCAUAAGCCCCGCUGGGCUUCCUUCUGUCUCCUGUGUGUGGGUCACAGCAGAAGGGAAGUGUGUGCGCUGAGUGUCUGAGAGUGUGAGAGAGAGAGUGAGAGCGCGAGCGAGAGAGGAUCGACAUCACACCACCUUCUGAGUACAGUUCCAGCAGUCGCCGGCAGACUAGCAGCCCCCCCCCCCCCCCCCCCGACGACCUUCAACCCACCCACACCACCCCCAACCCUCCCUCCUCCUGGCCACCUGUGGACUGUUCUGACUUGGACGAGGACUCCUUACAAUCUCCCUGGACCGCUGUAGGCUAGCUCUAGAACUCUUCUGAUUAAUAACUAACUUUAGUCUACAACCGGAAAAACAAACUGCCAAAAUGUGGUUUCUUUUUGGGGAGGGGAAAAACAAACGGAUCUGAAAAGGACUUGACUAUUUUGCUCUUUGACCGAUCUGUGGAAGACGGACUACUUUUUAUUUUUUCUCUUUUUUUUUCCUUUUGGUUCCUUACAAGCACUAUAUGGUUGUGGACUUCAACAAAACGGAGAUGGUCAAUUUUACGCAAACGUUAAACCCAGUUUGGCCGUAGACACGCACCCUAGCACCACUGCUGGGAUUGGAGGAAAUGGAAUCAGAAGGGGAUUGGGAGUUCCCCCCCCCCCCCCCCCCCUCAAACCUCUCUUACCUCUGCCCCCCUUCCCCCCCAGCCCGCCCCUCCAUUGGUCUCCCCCCCAGUGCUACAGGGGCAAGGGUGGCCAGCUAGGCUGGGAGUAUCUGGUGUGAAUGAGGGAGGGGGGGGCGAUUUACUGUCUCCACCCCCCUGGACCCCCCUCCCGGUCAUAACAAAUACAUAAAUGAUGAUGAUGAUAAUAAAGCUGGAGGUAAAUUGAUGAAAUUGUCCUGCUCUCUUUGGGAGAUGACAACAGAGUUGUGGGCGGAGCCCCGAACCUACACAGCACUUGUGUGAAUUGGCGAGAUGGUGUUCGUUCUUCUUUUCCUACUAGAGAAUCACUGACUGUUCACCGGUUAUUAUUUACUUUGCUUUCCUUUUUUUCAAAGCAUCGGUUGCCGUUCUUCUUCAAUGUGGGCUUGUGUAGAUUCAACUCAACCCUCGACCAAUCAGGGAAGACUCGAUGCAAGGGGAACACAAAGCACUCAAUUUAACAAGUACCACUUCAUCUCCUUCAUUAACCAUGCGUGAGCAGGAGAAUAAGAGUGCCAAAUUUAUAUCCAGGCUUCUCAGCAAAUAGGUUUGAAUUUUAAACGGAUGCUAUGGUAUUGAAGCAAAUUCACUAUUGCUUACAGGAGAGGUGGGUUCAAUACGCGAGGUUUCUAAGUGAUCUACAUGAACUAGGUAAUUGGGCUCGUGCUAGCUUGUUCAGUUCCCAUUUCUAGAUGUUUUCGCUGUAUUUCGUUGGGAAAGGGACACACCAUUUUUGUUCAAAUUAAGAAUUGAAGACGUUUGUAUAAGGUUAUAUUUUUCCAUUGCUAUGAAAAACAAUAAAAUGAUAUCAAACAUU